AUGGCGACCUCCAAGGGCGACAGCAACAGCGAGUACCGGCAAUACCUGCCGGACUUGACCAUCCCGCGGUUCACGACCAUGGCGAAACAGGACGCCCACGUUUACGCCGCGGCGUUCAAGGAGUCCGGGAUCCCGCCCUGGCUGCACGCCCUGUACCUGCACUGGCUGGAACUGCUCAAGGAGCCGUUCAAGGGCGUGACCAACGACGGCACCGUGCGGCGGGACCUGUUCAAGAUCCAAGACGAGGGCGUGCCCAUCGACCGCAUCGUGGAGGCCACGCAGGCGCUCAUCCACCAGCUGACCCCUGCCCAGGUGGCCAGGGUGUCGUACCACAUCGACUCGCCCGAGUGGCGCACGUGGUCGAACCCGGAGUUCCUCCUCAGCGACAAGGGCGUGCGGCUGGACGAGCUGUCGCCGGCGGUGCGGGACGGUGUCAUGGCGGUGCUCCGCGCGACGCUCUCGCCCGAGGGCUACGACAAGGCCGUGGCGGCGAUGCGCAUCAACGGCUUCCUGGGCGAGCUGGUGCAGGGCACAGCCGUCAUGAACGAGUUCUCGUACAACUUUGUGCUGUUCGGCGAGCCCUCGACCACCAAGCCCUGGGGGUUCAGCUUCUACGGCCACCACCUGUGCCUGAACAUCUUCCUGUACCGCACGCAGAUGGUCGCGUCGCCGUGGUUCACGGGUGCCGAGCCCAACGUCAUCGACGACGGGCCCUACAAGGGUACGCGCAUCCUGCACGAGGAGGAACGCCUCGGUCUCCAGCUGAUGCAGUCGCUGUCACCCGAGCAGCAGCGCACCGCGCAGAUCUACAAGGAGAUGAAAGACCCGUCUAUGCCGGAGGGGCGGUGGAAUCACGACGACCAGCGCCACCUGUGCGGCGCGUACCGGGACAACCGCGUCGUGCCGUACGAGGGCGUGCCCGUCUCCUCACUGACACGCGACCAACAGAGUCUCGUCGACCAGAUCCUGACCCAAUACCUGCUGUACCUGCCCCAACCGGCCCGCUCGAUCCGCCUCGACCAGUACCGGGCGUUCUACCACGAGACCUACUUCUGCUGGAUCGGCGGCUUCGCCGACCCGGACCCGUUCUACUUCCGCCUCCAGAGCCCCGUCGUCCUCGUCGAGUUCGACCACCACAGCGGCGUCUUCCUGACGAACGGCGACCCGGCCAAGUUCCAUAUCCAUACUCUCCUCAGAACCCCGAAUGGUGGGGACUACGGGUUCGCGUUGCGCCCGUUGUGCGAGGCGUCGGUGAGGCAGGAGUUUGUGUGGAAGGGGGAUGACAAGUGA